AUUGUGUAUUUUUGGGGUGUUCCCCCCAAAACUGAACCUGUGGCACCCCACAGGGAUCCCCUUCACCUACCGGGGGCUGCCCUGCCCCUACGCCUCAUCGCUGCUGGCCGGCACCUUCCUGCUGUCCGGGGGACAUGUGGCCUUGCUGCGCGUCAGCGCCGUCGUCAUGAUCCUCUUCAUGGCCGACUGGGGCUUCUACCCCCACGACAAGGUGCUGGAGUCACAGCUCUGGAAGAAACUGGUUUAUGCUGGAGGGGUGGUGGCUGUCCUGCUGGCGCCGGCGGCAGUGGCUGCGCUGUACUGCCUGGCCUGGGCCACGUCCUACAUCAUCUUCCCCUUCGCCAUCUGGAGCUGCAAGUCCUAA